AUGCCGGCGCUCCCGUGUCGGUGCGGAUUGGCCCUUCUCCUUGUGCUUUUCCUGGGCCGGGGCGCCGCGUUCUCGCACACUGACGUCCGACAUACCAAGAACUUUGGAGAGAGUACAAAGGGCGACGCGUUCUCGGACAUUUCGAAGAUCACGUUGGGAACGAUGAUCAGUUCCGUGACCCUGCGAGGAAAUAAGCGCGUUGACCAAGUUACACUGCGAGCGACGUCACCCGUGGAGCGGACGUGGACGCACGGUGGGUCAGGCGGCACGGACAACACGCUUCUUCUCCGUCCAGGCGAGUACGUCACUUCGAUGGAAGUGCAUUUGGCCAAGAAGCUGUUCCGACGAGAACGGGUGACCUACCUCAAGCUGAGCACAAACUUGGGCCAUGCCGUUGCUACAGGGUCCCCGACGAAUGACGUAACGGUUGCAGAAGCCCCCAAAGGCUUCCGCCUCAGUGGUUUCUUUGGUCGCGCCUCGACGGAAGUGUACACGAUCGGAGCCAUUUGGAUGAGGAUCAAUGCUACGUCGUUGAAGCUCACGGACACCAUGGGCACGGAAUGGUAUGGCAAGCGGAUCCGAAAUUGGGUCGGACCAACGAUUGGCAAUGCCUUUGACUCAGCAUGCUACCGAAAGACGCAGCCUUAUAGCAGCAACCGCCUCUGUCCUCUUGGGUACGUCAAAACCGACACUGACUGUAUGGCAGAAUGUCCGCUGUCGUACCCAGUGCAAUGCCACAUUGAGUGCAUCCCGCAAAAUGAUGACUGCGUGAUUGAAAUGCUGCAGAAAGCUGUGUCCGUGGUGUCGGUCUUCUUCAACGCCGCCACCGUUGGCUUGUUUGGCGAAUUUAGAACCGCGUACCAGGAGGCACAUCGAUCUUACUUGUGCGCUGCAAGUAUCAUUGGCGUGCUCAAGUCCCUCAUCUACUACCUGAGAACCCGCAAAAUGACCGACCCUCACGGAACAGUCGAGGAAUUGCUAGCCAUUGCGUACCAGAGUGACGUUGUGAUAGUAGACUUGCCUAUCACGGUCUGCACUUGCCUCGGUAUUCCUGUUGCGUUCGAAGCACGGGUCGCGCAAGUCGUGUUCGUGAUUGUGGAGAACGUCGUCAAGCAGUCCAUCAUCAACGGAGAACUGAUCUUAUCGUCCGCGACCAACGUGAUGACGUUCCUUGCGAACUCCACUUUGCUCAACACUCCAGAUAGUAAAGUCAUGGCUGAAGUCCAGGACUUUAUUGACAGGAACUCGACCUGCGGGUACCAGAUCAAGAGCCUAACGGACCAUAUCAGCACUUAUAUCCGAGCAAUACGCCACAAAGUAGCCAAGAUCACCAAUGCAGACAUUCGUUUGGUACUCAACCAAUCUCCACUCGUACUGGAAGGCGUCCCCGUGGUCACGAACAACUGCAUGCACGAAAUUCUGGGCAAUAAAACGAUAAAAGUUGCGUUUCAGACCCGAGAUUUACUGCGGAAGACGAUGGGGGUGAUCAUUGAUCAGCUCAUCGAGACGAACAAGACCGACAUGGGAGCUUCAGUUGCAAAGGAUGAAACGACGAUGGAAUCCGUGAACCUCGGGCUCGUUGUUCUCUCUGGCCUCGACAUCACGGGCAUCCUUUGGAUGACCUCCCAAUUUGUCCAGCCGACGUGCGGCCCGACGUCCUUUGUCGGUGAGAUUGACGAUGGCACUCUGUUUGACGCGCUUGGACUGACGACGAAAAACGAAGCAUUUAUAGGCAGCUAUGGAAACUGGAACAAGAAAGGUCCUGGUCUGGUGACCCUCAACCUCGUGAGUGCUGACACGGUGGACGUGGAAGUGAUUGUUCACUCAGGCGGUAUCGAGUACGCAGAGGUGAAAGUGCCUUCGCGCGAAACAGUUACAUGGACCACCAAUAUAACUGAUCUGCAAGACAAGACGUUGUACCUUGACCGGCGGCGAAAAGGUGUGCUAGGAAUACCAGGGUUCGGUGGAGGCUCGCUGCUACUCUGGGUUCCACGGUCUUCUUCGGGUGGGCAUUUGGUACUGAAUGUGCACAUCAAUUCGCCGUAG